AUCGGGAAAUUCUCGCGUUGGCUGAGAGCCAUCUGCACUAUUCUCUUCACCAGAAAUGGGGCUACAGCCCGACAGAAAGCUUUAGGUUUCAUCGAACAGGCAGUGGAAGUUAUCCGAGAUGCCGUUGAGAGAUCCGAGUAUCCAAUGGAUGAAAGGGAAUGGGCAUUUACUAUAUCAUACAAUGCUGGAGUCGAAUGUCUUGGCGCAAACAUGCUUGAUGAAGGAAAGCGUUGGUUUGAGUGCGCGUCCAUGCUCGGUACUUUCAUAAAUAGCCCUGGAAUGGUAGAAAAUGUGGAGUUUGUUGCCUGCGUCUUCUGUAUAGUCUGA